UCGGCGCGCACCCGCGGAGAGCGGCCGGGCCGAGCGCGCACCGGACGCGCAGCCGUGGCGCGGCGUCUCAGCUCGCCACCCGCCGCCCUGUGCCGGGACCCCGUGCUGUUUAUGUGGAUGGCACCGGCUGGGUCCUUCGGGGAGACGCGUGUCUGCGCGGGGGCGCGGGACACACGAGUCCGGGACGCUCCCGGCACGCACGCCGCCGCCGAGUGACACGGGCCCGAGCCGCAGGGCGCGCCGCGCACACUCGCCGCCGCCGCCGGGGUCCCUGCGCGCGCUCCGCGGGGCCCGGGAUUAUCGCCUCGCCGGUGGGAUUUCCAGACCUCGGCUCUCUAAUCGGACUCGGAGGAAGCUCUUUGGGAAUUAAGCUGAAAAUCUGGACGCUUCCUCCCCUCCCCCCCCUUUUUUUCCCUGGGAAGAAGCUCGAGACAAAACCAGGAAGCCAACGACCCCUACCUACUGGUGGACUGGAAGAAAGGAGGAAAACCGAAAGUUGCGGCUCCAUCGGCAGUCUCAGAGCCAGCCCUUUGCUCGUGCACCCCCAGAGCGCCGUCACCCGCGCAGGGCGGAUCUGGACGACCGCAGCCCCCGAAAGAGGAGACACGGGCUCCGGAAGAAAGGAGCCCUGAUCACCCCGGCCCGCGGCGGAGCGGCGGCGCUUCUCUGUCCACGCUCCUGGGGGCCACGGCCACCCUCGGGCACCCCCCGCAGUUCUAGGGCCCGAAGGCGGGGGCGCAGGGGAGCUCGAGCGCGUCCAGCGGUGCACCAUGGGCCGCCGGUGCGCCCUGGCCCUCGCCGUGGUGUCGGCCCUGCUGUGCCAGGUCUGGACCUCCGGGGUGUUCGAGCUGAAGCUUCAGGAGUUCGUCAACAAGAAGGGGCUGCUGGGAAACCGCAACUGCUGCCGCGGGGGCGCGGGGCCGCCGCCGUGCGCCUGCAGGACCUUCUUCCGCGUGUGCCUCAAGCACUAUCAGGCCAGCGUGUCUCCUGAGCCACCCUGUACCUACGGCAGCGCCGUCACGCCGGUGCUGGGCGUGGACUCCUUCAGCCUGCCCGACGGCGCGGGCGCCGACCCCGCCUUUAGCAACCCCAUCCGCUUCCCCUUCGGCUUUACCUGGCCGGGCACCUUUUCGCUGAUCAUUGAAGCCCUUCACACAGAUUCUCCUGAUGACCUCACAACAGAAAACCCAGAAAGACUCAUCAGCCGCCUGGCCACGCAGAGGCACCUGACUGUGGGCGAGGAGUGGUCUCAGGACCUGCACAGCAGCGGCCGAACAGACCUCAAGUAUUCCUACCGCUUUGUGUGUGACGAGCACUACUACGGGGACGGCUGCUCCGUCUUCUGUCGCCCCCGAGACGACGCCUUCGGCCACUUCACCUGCGGGGAGAGGGGGGAGAAAGUCUGCGAUCCUGGCUGGAAAGGCCAGUACUGCACUGAACCAAUCUGCUUGCCAGGAUGCGACGAGCUGCAUGGGUUUUGUGACAAGCCAGGGGAGUGCAAGUGCAGAGUGGGCUGGCAGAGCCGGUACUGUGACCAGUGCAUCCGGUACCCCGGCUGCCUCCACGGCACCUGCCAGCAGCCCUGGCAGUGCAACUGCCAGGAGGGCUGGGGUGGCCUCUUCUGCAACCAGGGUGAGCCCCCAGCCCCAUCCAGCAGCCCUGGGCUUCCCCGGCUUCGUCACGGGGAAGAUGUGGUCUCCCUGAGUCUGACCCUGGGCUGCUCUCUCCUCCUUCUCCCGCCUCUGCCCCUCACAGACCUGAACUACUGCACACACCACAAGCCCUGCAGGAACGGGGCCACCUGCACUAACACGGGCCAGGGAAGUUACACCUGCUCUUGCCGGCCGGGGUACUCAGGGGCCAACUGUGAGACGGAGAUCGACGAGUGUGGCGCCAGCCCCUGCAGGAAUGGAGGCAGCUGCACGGACCUUGAGAAUGGCUACUCUUGCACGUGCCCACCCGGCUUCUACGGCAGAAUCUGUGAGCUGAGUGCCAUGGCAUGUGCCGACGGCCCCUGCUUCAACGGGGGACGGUGCUCAGACAACCCCGAGGGAGGGUACACCUGCCGCUGCCCCGUGGGCUUCUCCGGCUUUAACUGCGAGAAGAAGGUGGAUUCCUGCAGCUCUUCACCCUGUUCCCAUGGUGCACAGUGUGUGGACCUUGGUGAUGCUUACCUGUGCCGCUGCCAGGCUGGCUUCUCCGGGAGGCGCUGCGAGGACAACGUGGAUGAUUGUGCCUCCUCCCCGUGUGCCAACGGGGGCACCUGCCGGGACGGCGUGAACGAGUACUCCUGCACCUGUCCCCCAGGUUACACAGGCAGGAACUGCAGUGCCCCUGUCAGCAGGUGUGAGCACGCGCCCUGCCACAACGGGGCCACCUGCCACGAGAGGGACCGGCGUUACCUGUGUGAGUGCGCCCGGGGCUACGGGGGCCCCAACUGCCAGUUCCUGCUGCCUGAGCCGCCCCCGGGCCCGGCGGUGGUGGUGGACCUCACCGAGAAGUACGUGGAGGGCCAGGCCGGGCCCUUCCCCUGGGUGGCCGUCUGUGCCGGCGUGGUGCUUGUCCUCAUGCUGCUGCUGGGCUGUGCCGCCGCCGUGGUCUGUGUGCGGCUCAGGCUGCAGAAGGACCGGCCCCCUGCCGAGCCCUGCCGUGGGGAGGCGGAGACGAUGAACAACCUGGCCAACUGCCAGCGCGAGAAGGACGUCUGUGUCAGCGUCAUCGGGGCCACGCAGAUCAAGAACACCAACAAGAAGGUUGACUUCCACGGGGACCAUGGGGCUGAUAAGAACGGUCUCAAGGCCCGCUACCCUGCUGUGGAUUAUAAUCUAGUGCAGGACCUCAAGGGCGACGCUGCGGCCGCCGUCAGGGACCCCCAUGGCAAGCGUGACGCCAAGGGCCAGCCCCAGGGCCCUGCAGGGGAGGAGAAGAGCACCCCGACACUCAGGGGUGGAGAAGCACCUGAAAGAAAAAGACCAGACUCUGUGUAUUCUACUUCAAAAGACACAAAGUACCAGUCGGUGUACGUCAUAUCGGAGGAGAAAGACGAGUGCGUCAUAGCGACCGAGGUGUGAAAUGGAAGCGAUACGGCAAAGUUCCCGUUUCUCUUAAAAUAAAUAAAAUUCCAAGGAUAUAUGCCCCAGUGGAUGCUGCUUGAAAGAGGAAAGGGAGACCCACGGACUGCUGCUGAGGAACCGAUCCGGACCCAGCCGGCUCUCCCUUCCGAGGCCAGCUGGGGACGCGGCGUGGCUGCAGCUCGGCGGCGGCCAAGGGGCCUGUUGCACUGCCUUCUAGGACGUUCCCGUUGCACUAUGGACAGUUGGCUUUUAAAAAAUAUAUAUUUAAAUGAAUGGACUUAAUUACUACGUGAGAAGCAUGCACUGCCUGAAGUGUAUAUUUUGGGUUCUCAUGAGCCGGUCUUUUCUUGAAUUAGAAUCACAAACACUGCCUUUAUCGUCCUUUUUGAUACUAAAAUGUGUUUUUUCUAGGUGGAAAAAAAAUGUGUGUUAUUUUUUUGGACUUGUAAAAAUAUUUUUCAUGAUAUCUGUAAAGCUUGAGUAUUUUGUGAUGUUCAUUUUUUAUAAUUUAAAUCUUUGGUAAAUAUGUACAAAGGCACUUCGGGUCUAUGUGACUAUAUUUUUUUGUAUAUAAAUGUAUUUAUGGAAUAUUGUGCAAAUGUUAUUUGAGUUUUUUACUGUUUUGUUAAUGAAGAAAAUCCUUUUUAAAAUAUUUUUCCAAAAUAAAUAUUAUGAACGACGA